AUGGCUUGUGCACACUUCUACCAUUGCGCGGCGAGUCUGAUAUUCCGGUCCGAUACUGGAGCUCGUUUGGGCCAGAUUUUGACGCUAGAGAGUCCUCAAAGUUCGUUGCUUGGAACUGAGCUUAGGGUCUCAUCAUGCAGUCUCAAUCUCAGAAAUCACGUGCCUGUUUCACGGCGCCGGCCCCUAGCCGUCACUGUCUCCGUUAGCCUUCCCACGGCAAAACCAGAGCGUGCUUCUCCUGGCCAAAAAUUUCCCAAAUGGUCUUCCAAGGCUAUAAAAUCGUUUGCAAUGUCUGAAUUGGAGGCUAGGAAACUUAAGUAUCCUACUACCGGAACUGAAGCCCUUCUCAUGGGGGUUCUCAUCGAGGUCUCCAUGGCUAAACUUUUGUAUUCUGUUUCUGCCUUUGAAAAGGCUACCAAGCUUUGCUUCUUGGACCACUGA